AGUAAUAUGAAUUAUUCCAAUUAAAGUCAACAAUAUUGUUUCCAUCUCACACUUUCUUACAAAAUGAUUCCCAGUCGAUUGAUUUUCGUUUUGACCGAGUCAUUAAAGGAAUCGGUUCAAAUGAACGGCUCGUUCGCGAGUCAGGCUUCGCUAGAAGCGGAGAUUCUCCUCAGACUGAAGUCAGAAAUGAAAGGUGUCGCUCUCACAAUGAAGCUCGCGCUCAUUCCUCUGCAUUUACUCUCUUUCUGGACUCUAAAGGCUGAUUCUGAUGAUGUAACGACGAGGAAAAUCACAUUUAAUCUUUACAGAGCGCAUGUGAAACUUUAACGCGUUUAACAUUCUCAUCUUCUUCACGAGAAUCGUCUGUUACGCGAAACUUUGUGUUUUUUGUGAGAGGAUUUGUUGUUAAAAUGCUGUCUUUAUAUUCUCUCGUCAUUCUGUUUUCUUCUGUGAGCCUGUGUGUGCUGGUGCUCGGUUCUGAUCCGGUUCUCCUGGACCAGAGGAACAGGUGUCACUCCAGACUCAAACAGCUUCAUGGACAGCAGGUGACCGUUCACACACCGCCCAACAUCACCGGACACUGGGUGUCCAACAGCUGCGAGGUGCGACCCGGUCCGGAGUUCCUCACCCGCUCCUACCGCUUCUUCCCCGACGGCAGCUUCCAGGCGCUGCAGUUCUUCUACCAGGACCCCGAGUGCAGCGAGCCCAGCUCCAGCCUGCUGAUCCGGGGCAGUGUGCGGCCGCUGCGGGGCUCCUGGCUGGUGCGCGGAGGAACGGAGAGCGAGGUGCAUGUGAGCGGCGUCCAGCUGCGGUGUCUGCAGACCGCCUGCGACCCGCCGGACCCCAGCAUGCAGGAGCUGACGCUGAUGCGCCUGGAGCUGCGGGCCGAGGAGCUGUUCCUGGGGGACGUUCAGACGGAGCGCGCUCAGCCCGCGGGGUACCAGAGCCCCCUGCGGAGCGCCAAGGCCCAGCGCUGUGGAGUCUGUCGGAUCGUGUCUUCGGCGGACCUUCAUCAUCCUCCGGUGCUGCCGGCUCGGUCCGAGCGUCCGGUGCGUCUGCAGGGAGACUGGGUGAGCACACGGUGCGAGGUGCGUCCGGGCGUCCUCUUCCUCACCCGACAGCUGACCUUCCACGAGGACAGCCAGACCUGGACCGGACAGUACGACCACUUCUCUGACCCCGUCUGCCGUCACCCCACCUUCAGCAUCUCAGCCAGCGGACGCUACACCCGCGGAGCUCCAUCUGCAGCCAUCAGAGGCGCCGUCGAGUUCACCUUCACAGUGACGCAGAUGACGGUGACGCCGAUGGAUGUGGCCACCACGUCUCUGCUGAACGUGUUCCGAGGGCGAGAGUGUGGCUCCGAGGGCUCGUGGCGGCGGGGCGUCCCGCAGGACGUGACCUGGACCUCGGGCUGCGCGGCGCUGGGCGUGCGUCUGCCUCACACCGAGUACGAGCUCUUCCGCGCCGGCCAGGACCCGUCUGGACACAGCCUCCUCUACAACGGCCAGAGACCCAGCGACGGCUCCAGCCCGGACCGGCCCGAGCGACGGCCCACCAGCUUCCAGCCGCCGCUGACCCGCUGCAGCCGCGGGGGGCGAGAGAGAGAGAGAGAGCGGCCCUUCAGACUGAGCUCCGGCUCACACACACCGCACACACUCCCCGCCGCCGCCGCGCUCGUCCUGCUGCACACACUCCUGUAGACACACGGAGAACAUCACUGUCCAGAAACAUAGGCCUGACCCUAUCCCUGCCCUUAACCUAACCCUAACAUCAGACGGGAUGAUAGUGUAGAAGCACCGCACUCCGGUUGUUAGGCUAAAACUCACAUUCUGACAUAAACUUACCCCUCAGUUCUGAUCGGAUGUUGUUCAGGAACAU